GUAUUAAACAGGCAGGGGCAGCAUGCUGAGCUCCUACCCUGGCACUUCCUGAACCUCCUAGCUUAUAAAUACCAAGGCAGGCCAGUGAAUCAGGAUGCAGUGAGCAGAACUCCUCAGACCAGCUGGGACUGCCCUCCAGAAAGAUGAGCAACUCCAGGACUGCCAUUUCAUUCUUUAUCCUCAUGGCUGUCCUUGGAUGCCAGGCUAAGCUCAUACACGAAACCAAAAGCGAAGACCAUCACUUUAAACCUCCCGUAGUGAGUCAAGGCUUUCAAGACUCUUCAGACUGCUGCUUCUCCUAUGCCUCACGGAUCCCGUGUUCAAAAUUUAUAUAUUAUUUUCCAACCAGUGGUGGGUGCAGCAAGCCAGGCAUCAUCUUUAUCAACAGGAAGAAGAACCAGAUCUGUGCUGACCCCAGUGAUUCGAGAGUUAAGGAUUGCAUAAAGACCCUAAAACAAGCCCCAAGACCUGGGAACACAGCCAUUGCUUGAAAAGGAAGACUAUAUUGCCAGCCACGUUCAUCUGUCUUCCCCAGUGACCAACUAGGAGGCUCUAAGCAUUUAUUUAAAUAUUUAAAGCAUCUAUUCUUCUAUUCUGGUUUAAAGCAGCCCAUGUGGUCAAGAGCAUUUGUAUGGAUUCAGCUUGAUAUGACUAAAGCCAUCUUGAGUUGUAACCACUGUGCUUGUCUCUGAGUGACUAUUGGAUUGACCUACAUAGUUUAUCGGCAGAUUAUAUAAAUGGGGGAACUAUUAGAGUGGUCUUUGGAGCUUUGGAAUGUGCCUGGUUCUGAUACUAUCUUAAGCCGGGUACAUCCAGCUGAUAUGAAAUGCAUUUGCCCUAGCCCAUCUAUAUGUCCAUGUUUUUCCUGCCACUCUAGAGCAGUAAGCACCCCCAAUAAAGUGCAGUCCAUGUA